UUCAGUGUUUUGACCUUUACAAAACGAAACAUGCUACCGUUAAGAAAGUUGGGGAGCCUUUCCUCGUCAGCGGUUUCCAAAGCAUGGAAGUGUGGUGCAGCCCUGUGCAAUGGCAAAUACUCAACAGUUGCUAAUUCAACGUUCACAACACAGGAUUUUGACCUGCACAGACUUGACAUGGGUCCCUCUACUGAAGUGUCUGCCAGCAGGGAAGAAUGCAUCAAGUUUUACCGAGACAUGCAGACCAUUAGGAGGAUGGAGACAACAGCUGGCAACAUGUACAAAGCCAAACAAAUCCGUGGCUUUUGUCAUCUGUACUCUGGACAGGAAGCCUGCUGUGUUGGUAUGGAAGCAGCUAUUACCCCUGAUGAUGCAGUGAUUACAGCAUACAGAGCUCACGGCUGGACAUACAUUCGUGGUGUCCCUAUACUGGGAGUUCUGGCCGAGCUCACUGGCAAGAAAUCUGGCUGUUCGUUAGGUAAAGGAGGUUCAAUGCACAUGUACAGUAAAAACUUCUACGGAGGGAAUGGAAUCGUCGGUGCUCAGGUGCCACUGGGUGCUGGGAUCGCUUUUGCCAUGAAGUAUCGUAAGCAGAAGAACAUAUGUGUGACCUUGUAUGGAGACGGAGCAGCCAAUCAAGGACAGCUGUUUGAGACAUUUAACAUGGCGAAGUUGUGGAACCUGCCUUGUGUAUUUGUAUGUGAGAAUAACGGCUAUGGCAUGGGUACCAGUGCUGAACGAGCCUCAGCUUGUAUUGAUUACUACACCCGAGGUGAUUAUGUACCGGGCAUAAAGUGUGACGGUAUGGAUGUACUAGCGGUACGCGAGGCUAUGAUAUUCUGUAAAGACUAUGCCCUGAAGAACGGCCCAAUCCUUCUGGAAGUAGCCACAUAUAGAUACGGUGGUCACAGUAUGAGUGACCCUGGUACAAGCUACCGCAGUCGAGAGGAGGUGAAGAAAGUACGUGAGAAGAAAGACCCCAUCACCACAUUCAAGGAAAAGUUACUGUCAUCUAAUCUGGCUACUGCUGAAGAACUCAAGAAAAUAGAUACUGAGGUUCGCAAGGAAGUGGAAGAAGCAGCAGAGAUUGCAAAAAGUGACACAGAAAUUUCUGCAGAUUUUCUGUACAAUCAGAUUUAUUACCAACCCCCAGCAGAUUAUACAGUACGUGGUUGUGAUCCUAUGACAACUGCACCCUCAAAGUAACAAGUGGAUGAUGUAAAACACAAUCAUAUCAUGAUAGGAUUUUAUGAACUGUUCCAAUAUUUGUGGGAAUAUCUGCAAAUUUUAGCGUUUGGCUGUAAAAUCAGAUAGCUGUAUAAGAACACUAAAACUUCACAACUUUUUACUGCAUAUCUAUAUACAGUACUCACUGUGACAAUGAAAUCAAGAUGCAAUAAGGUAAACAAAGGGAGAUAAUCAUGGGUGAGUUAAAACGAUUGGGAAUGCGUUUUGCCACUUAUGAAGUUACAAAGUGCUAUAUGGUGUUGGAAUCCUCUAUGAAUUCCAUGGAACUUGUUCUAUGUAUUGUAAUCUCCUGUGUAUAUAAUGUUCUGUAGGAGGGUGCGAUCUAAAUGGACAUUUAGUGCUGUUUUUGUUUCUGUAUUUAUUUUGUUAUUUGAUUGAAAACUUUUCAACCCUUGUUUAUGUCUGAGAUAGAAGAAUUUAGGCUAUAUUUAAUGCUUUUUGACUGGGUAUACUGUUGUAUGUAUUGAUAUACUGUGACUAUAUCUCGGACUUAAAAUUUUGAAUGUUAAUAUGAAUUGAUACACAUGUAUGUGAUCAGGACAUUGCAAAACUGCAGGUGUAUUAUCAAGUAGAUCUCUGAAGUUCAAUGACAAAUAAAGGCAUUCCAUUUCCAGUGAUCAGGCCUAGAAUUUAACAUUUUUGGUCAGUUGCUGCUUCAUCCAAUAUAUAUCAACAUUAUAGAGGAACUGCUUUUUCCAAAUAUUUACACUUUGAAAAUCAAAACUCAAAACAAUUUAAUUCUGUGAAAUGUUAGGAAUAGACAGGCACUCACAGUUUGCAUCUGAUGAAUCCACUUGCUGAAAAAAGCAAGUCAUUAAUUUUUCUACUUGCAAUUCUUGGAUUUCUACUUGCAAAUAGCCAGUAAAAAGCCUUAAAUUUAAGGCCUGGUGAUUGAUUCAGACACUGGUCUCAUGUCUUUGGGGAGGAAGGUAGAAAGGGCUGUCCUUUAGACCUACCGGAAUUGAAAUGUAUGUUAUAUAGUAUGUAUCAGCUAAUGAAAUAUUUGUGUACAUGAGAUUUUAUUGAUGAUAAUGCCCGUCACUAGUUGGGGGUCUGUUCCUGUUUUCCUACUGAAUACCUACCAACAGUACAAUAGGGUACCAGAAGUAAGACUGAGGAUAUCAGUGUGUGUAAUAUAUUCAUUUUACAAAGUUUUAGUCUCCAAAUGUAUUAAAACAGAAAGAAGAUGUGCAGAA